AUGUCGCGCCUCCUCGUAGCCGUCGCGCUGCGGCUCGCGGCCACGCUACGACCAACUCCCGUCCAGCACCGCGCGCCGCCGCGACGCCUCGCGCUGCGGCGCGCGUCGCCGGACGACAGCGGCGCGCCACCGCGACGUCUCGCCUACGACGCCAACGACGACACGACGUUCCAGCGCCUGGCCAAGUCGAAGAACGACGAGGACGAGACCUGGCGGCGCAUCGCCAAGUCCAAGGACGACGCCGUCGACGUCUUCCUCGGCUGGGCGCGCGAGGACGCGGCGUUCGGCGCGUGCCUCCGCGUCGUCGCGCUCCGCCGCGGCCGCUUCGGCGGCGACGUCACGCCGGAGCGGUGGCCGAGCCGGCUGCGCCAGCGCCUCGCGCCGGGCCUGAGCCGCCGCGACGCCGCGCGGUCCGCGCGGCGCGCGGUCUGGGCCGAGAAAAGUUACAAGGCGGAGUCGCUCCGGCUCUCGUGGACGGAGCUCCAGGCCGCCUACGCGGAGCGCGAGCGCGUCGUCGCGCACGUCAACGGCGCCGCCGAGGAGCUCGGCGGCAAGUGGGUCUACAAGCUGGGAUUGCUCCAGGCCUACGCCCAAGAGCACGACGACGCGCGCGUGCCGUCGGCGCACGUGACCGCGUGCGGCGUCCGCCUGGGCCGCUGGCUCGGCGACCAGCGGCGCUUCGCGCGCACGGGGCGCCUCGAGCCGCGGCGGCGCGCCCAGCUCCUGGCGCUCGACGGCGGGAUCCUCCUGAGCGACAGCGAGCGGGCCUGGCGCGCGCAGUACGGGCGCCUCGCGGACUUCGUGCGCCGCGAGGGCCACGCGGACGUCCCUCGCAACGCGACGGAGCGCGGCGCGCGCCUCGGGCUCUGGCUGCUCGACCAGCGGAACAGGGCCGACGCGGGGUUGCUGGAUCCGGUCCACGCGGAGAAGCUCGACGGCCUCGGCGUGUCCUGGAGCACGCCGCGCGAGGCGCGGUGGGACGCGGCCUACGAGGCGCUCGGGCGCUACGCGGCCGCGCGCGGCGACUGCCGCGUGCCGGCGAACUUCACGACCUUCGACGGCCGCAAGCUCGGCCAGUGGGUCGUCAAGCAGCGAAGGUUGAAGCGCGCGGGGGCCCUCGCGGCGGACCGCGCGGCGCUCCUCGACGCGCUCGGCUUCGCCUGGGCGCCCAACGACCGCGGGGACGCCUACGCCGCGGCCCUCGCGGCCUUCGUCGCGCGCGAGGGCCACACGCGCGUGCCCCGGAAGCAUCGCGAGGCCGACCUCGGCCUCGGCGAGUGGCUCGCGAAGCAGCGGCGCAAGCCCGUCGAGGAGCGGCCGCCCGCGCUCCGACGGGUCCUCGAGGGCGCGGGCUGA